UUGAAUCAUUACCAAAUUUAAUGUCAUUAAUGUUGUUUCGGUUUCUUCAAUGAGAUAGGCUCAUAAAUUAGGACAUGAAGAAACCCGUGAACCUUUCUCUUUCAAAUAUUUCCCUCCUCAAUUCUUAGUAGUAUUUCUAUUUCGAAAACUCAAACAAGGAGGAAUAAGAAAUCAAAUCGUGAGUUAAGUCUGUUGGCCAUAAAACAGUAAGUAUUGAGGGGAAAUAAGUUUUAACUAAGAUCGUAAUGGGUAGUAGUGAUGAUUAUUGUAGCAUUUCUAUAAUCACAGCAAGGGCUUGUACAGAAAUUAGGAAAAGAAGAUCUGCAGAAACAACGUGUACCAGGAGCUUUACUACUUGUAUAUCGCCAAGGUGGAUUUUGUCGAGGUGGUUUGAGACAAAAAAAGGUGCCGAAAAAGUGAAGGAGCAACAGCUUCAGUAUGGUAGCAGAAAAAAGGAGAAGAAGAUUAAUAGGAAGAAGAAGGAUUAUCUUACGAGAUUAGAUAGGGAGUCUUCAUCGCCAUCUACGGCAUUGGAAGGAGGAGACAAGAAAGCAGACUCUUUGAACCUAGGCAUUGGAUUUGGUCUAAUCUAUCUGUUUAAUGCUACCAAAAAUGAGCUGAACAAAAUUGUUGAGAUUCGUAGAGAAAUGGAAAUCCUGCUUCAUAAUUCCAAGAUGGAAUUCCAAAACCAAGGAAGAAUCAGAAGAAAUCUUUCUGAUUCAAGAGCCAAAAUCUCACACCACGAUUCACAUUGUGUUGAACAAUUCGCAUACUCUACUGAUAUAGAACAAGAAUCAGAAAUCACUUGCAGCCAUGAUCACACAGCUUUCAACUGCAAAUCAAUGAAAGGAAAUGAGAGGAAUUUGGAAUUGAACCAACUUGAAGCAGAACUUGAAGUUGAAUUAGAACGUUUGCAAUUUCAUUCAGAUUCAGAAGUCAUGUUGAAAUAUCCAACACAAGAGAAUGCUGAGAUUAUGGAUAGCUCAGAAGGAAGCCUUAGCACAAGCUUUACAGAAGUAUACAACCCUAAUGCCUGUGUAACAAUUGAAAACUGUGGAGUUCCAGCAGAAGAAUUAAACAGGAAGCUACAUGAGCUUCUACAGACAAGGCAAGAAGAAAGGAUCAAAGAACUGGAGUCAGCUUUAGAAUCCACCAUGCAAAAGCUUGAAGAAAAAGAAAAAGAGAUCGGUUGGUGGAGAGAUACUGCUAAGGUCAUCUCUCAACAAGUUCCUAGUCGUCGAUCACUUGCUACAAUAGAUUAAACGACACACCAACCUUGAAGGAAUUUGUCCAAAGUUUUUUUGGAUCGAAAGAAAGAAAAAGAAGAAGAAAAAACCUUUUACAUGGCCGGAUACCAUUUCGUGUAAAAGAAGGUGAAGGGAAAUAAACCACAGCUUCAUAUAUCAAACACUAAAGUUUAGUUUGAAAUAACAAGAGGAAUGGAUGCCUUCAUUUUGUUUGA